AUGCGCCUCAAGCGCGCCUGGGCAGUUUCCUUUCAGAUCGCUCUGCUCAUUGGCACGCAGGAGGUGGCGGGCAACAAGCUGCACGUGGUCAGCUUGAAUGCCCGCAGCAGGAGUGAGAACUCCGAAGAUGACUCCGUGACAUUCAAGGCGCCAGUUGCUCCUGCACCGGUUGAUGCUAAUGCCUUCGUCGCGGGGCCUCCCGGUGUCCGUGGACCGGCUGGGCCAAAGGGUCAUAAAGGGCGGAGAGGACGGCGAGGUGCUCCGGGCCCACCUGGAAGUCUGGGCAUGCCUCCUGGUUCGAUGCCAAUGCCUUUUACAUAUCCAUUUCCGAUGAAUCCGAUGAUGAACCCUCUGAUGAUGAACCCCAUGAUGAACCCGAUGGCUGCCAUGGGUCCUUUCAUGGGGCAGCCUGCUGGAGCGGCGAGCGCAUCGUCGCAAGCGCCUGUUGCGUCUCCAGCUCCCGCUGUCGAGGCUACAACCACGGAGCCUGCAGCUGCCAUGUCGCCCAAGGCAGCUGUGGAGUCGAUGCCCGUGGUGCCGGUACCGGCACCAGCUCCGGUCAAGGCUGUUGUCUUCGAAGAAUCCCCAACUACAGCAGCAGCAGCAGCAGCAGCCGAUGCACCACUCACCGUGGCACCUAGCGUGGCACCUAGCGUGGCGCAGGUGGAAGGGCAAGCGCCUCCUCCACCUUCUGCACCUCCUGUGCCUCCUGCGCCAUCGCCAGCUGUUACUGUUAUAGCAAGUGCUCCAUCUCUUGAUACGUCGCAAGCGAGCGUAGUCGCUCCGACGCCAGCAAGUAACAUGAUCGCCCCUGCACCAGCACCUGUUGCAGCAAGCGCGCCGAAUUCUGCUAAUUCCGCUCACACAUCUACAGCAAGCACAGCAAGCAUGGCGGCGCCGGCACCAGCAUCAGCCAAAGGGAGCAAGCCCUUGGCUCCGAGUCCAGCUCCCAGGUUGGCCAAAGCCGUGUCGGGCGUUCCAGCCUCCGCUGCCAAAGCCCAGGCAACGGCUAGUGAACGGCCAACAGAUUCUGCAGAGUCAACAGGCUCAACAGCUUCAACAGAAGCUUCUACAGAGUCAAAAGGCUCAACAGAUUCAACAGAAGAGACCACCGCGAAGGCCGCAGCGGGGCGUGAAUCGAAGUCAGCGAAGUCUCAGAAGGAGAGCGUGCCAAAUGCAGCCUCGACGUCAAGCGACGGAGCCAAUCAGACCAUCAACCCUGCAACCAACUCAACUGCGGCAGCCACUGGGUCCGCAAGCGCUGCGGAGGAGGUUGCCACCAUCGUGGAUUACUUGCCCUUUAUCCCGUGGGGUCUCAUUGACGAGGUGACAGGCGCAAACUUCACGGAAGAGUGCCAGGUGAUGUUCGCCGUCCUGGCGCUGGCUGUGGUAGUAGGAGCCAAGCAGGCUCCUUCAGUAAAGAUCCACUUGCUUUCCACGGAAACAACUGCCGGGCUGCUGCGCGGAAGUGCAGAGACAGUCCGAGCUCUAAGAGCUGCCAAGGAUGAGGCAAGGCUUCAUCACAACACAGUCGCUCUCUCGAAAGUAAGAAAUGAGCACCAGAUGCAGGCGCUCAGCGAUUCCAGUGCUCCGGCCCCUGCGCCGGCGCCAGUACUUGCCGCCUCGCCAGCUGCUUUACUCGGGCCGACUGGUCCGAAAGGGCCACGAGGGGCAAGGGGGCCGAAAGGCCCCACUGGGGAGGCAGGUGAUGCUGGCGAAAUGGGUCCUCCAGGACCACCAGGACCCACCGUUGUGAUGGGCUACAGCACCUAUGCCAAUCCUUACAUGAUGCCAAUGAUGAACCCGUUUAUGGGUGGCAUGCCUAUGCCGCCGGCGAUGCCGCCAGCAGCAACGAUGCCGACAGCUCCCACAAUAUCUGCAAGCAGUGCAAGCGCACUCUCAACCAGUUUGGGCACUUCUCUCCCUUCCGGCCUGGCGAUGCCCAACAUGUCAGCCGUAAUGGAGGUCCAGAAAUCUGUGGUUAGCGCGUACUCCGCGGCGGCAGCCAAACCCGGGUCUGCAGCUCCGCUGCCUUCGGCCUCCGUGGGGUUGGCGGCCGAGAAGCCACGGGAAGCACAUCAUGAAGGACAUCCAAACUCAGGCAGACAGACAGUGACGACACCUCCUCGAAAGAUGUCAGCGGCUUCCUCUGUUCGCGUCGCUGCCUCCAGCAGCUCUGGCAGCCACUUUAUAGAGACUAUGCGGCGAUCCGUCGGCAAGGCGGAGGAGAUUGGGUCAUACGUGCCAUUUGUCCCCUGGGGUCUGGUGGAUGAAGCAGUGAACCGCAGCGGCAUAGAGUGA